AUGUUCCACAAGUUAUGCGGGGAGGUACCUCCAAGAGUCGAGAACUUUCUUAUGGACGUGCAAGAGUUUGAGUACGAGAUCGUCUACCGUCCGGGAAAGACAUGCAUCGGUGAUUACAUGUCACGACAUCAUGUUGAUCGAGCAGUAUCAAGUCGAGUGUUUGAGAUCGAAGCAGCAGCGGAGAGCGUUGUUGAGAACGGGUGCUGCCACGCCCUUAAUGAACAAGGAACAGUGACGGUGGAGGAUAUUAGGGCUGAAGGAGAAAGAUGCGAAGUCUACCAGAGACUUGUUAAAGCAAUCAAGUCGGGAAUAAGCGACAAUGACGAGGACUUAAAACCUUACAUGGUCCCGGAAAUCAAAUACGACUUGAGUGUGGUCAACGGUGUGGUUUGUCGGGGAUCACGUGUUGUCGUCCCUAUCGCUCUACAAAAACGUGUUGUCGAAUUGAGUCACCGCGCACAUCAAGGAAUUAGCAAGGCAAAGCAGUUUCUACGGACAUUCAGCUGGUUCCCUAGGAUGGACAAGGCCGUCGAAAACCAGGUACGAGGAUGA